CAAACGUCAACUAAUGACACUCAACCAACAAAAAACAAAAUGGCGGCAUUUUCGAAAUAAAUUAUGAAACUAUGAUUGUGAUUUUAUCUUCCUCCCGUUUUUCCAUAGAAAUAGGAAAUAUUUGAGUAAAUCGAACAAAAACCUUAAAAGUUUACAAAAUUAUGAGUAUUCUUCGGUCCUUUAAAAUCUUUACGUAUGUCUGAUAUGCAACGUUAAAUUGGCAAAUCAAAAAUGAAUAUUUUGUAUACAACUCAAAAGCUACAGGAACUAUUUUUUGAUGACCAUCUACCGGUCCACGCGAACGCAUCAGGAGAUGGGGACGGUGUCCCUGGGCGGUGCUGUCGACUCUGCGGAGGUGACACCAACCUCCGAUACUUCGGAGACACGUACGUCUGGGAAGGCGUUGAGGAGAGAUACGAUCAGCUCCUGUUUGACUGCUUUGGCGUGAAGGUGACUCCAGCAGAUUGCAUGAUCUGCGAAUGGUGUGUUCGUGCUUUGAGGAACACGGAGCGGUUUCGUGCACUCGUGCAUGCGGCUUUCGACCAUCCUCCUAGCGAUGUAUCGUCAAGUGUCACAUUGAAGUCUGUUGGUAACUGCAUUAGAAACGACGCGAGGUCGUUGAAACAGGAAAAGGAUCAGCAGACUAAACCGAAAUGUGAUGCGGCCAAAAGGCGAGAGGCUAGAAAGAGGUUUUUUGCGAACGCCGUCAAAACUAAACGGAUUAAUGUCCAAUGUGACGUUUGUAAGCAAAGGUACCCAAUGCUUAUGACGAAUGAUGAAACGAAAACAUUUGUCUGUUCCCGUUGCAAGAAGAAUAGUGAAAUAAAGGGAGGUGCCGUUUGUAGGAAAUGCAAUAUAAUGAUGCCUUCCAGUAUGUUGAAGGAACAUUUAGAUUUACACGCGAAAGCUGAACUGAGGGGGAAAGCCAGACUCCAGCAAGCCAAGAAAUCGACACUGCUAUCAGUGAACAGUGUCACGAAGCAGAGACCGCAGAAGUUCCAAUGCACCCGGUGCCCGAAGAAGUAUGCAGUGGCGAGGAAUCUGGUGCUACACGUGAGAGACGCGCACGGCGACAGUCUUGAUACUUUGUGCUCUGUUUGUGGCCAAAAUAUGAUAACGCGGGAGAAACUGGAGUGUCACCUCGCGACCCACGGCAGUCCGCACCGGUGUGGCGAGUGUCUCCUGAUCUUCAAGAACCGACAGGCUCUCGUAGCGCACAGUACCAGCCACCAUCUCAAGUCCACGUCCAGCUGAUUCUAUUGUCAAAUUAUACUGUUACACUAA